AGCCAAACGGUAAGAAGCCUCGGUGGUUUAUCCGGUUCAUUUGCGGUUGAGUUGGAGGAAGGAUUUCCACAUCUCCUCCGAAUUCAGAGCUGAAGAAGCCACCCAAACAACGCAAUGGCUCUCUCUUCGCUAACACUAUCAUUGCCAUUAGCUGGAUUACAGAACAUCACCAGGUCCGCAGCUUUCUUUCACAUUACCAGAAGCGAAAAUGGCCACAAUUUCACGUCUCAAACUUUCACGCGAAAAUUAAUCUUGAAGCCUAUUAAGGCCCAGGCUUUGCAGACACGCAGUGAGAGCAACGCAAUCUCUCGGAGAAUCGAAACCGGAACCUUCGUGCCCACAUUUCAACAAGCUAUUCAACUCUUGCAAGAUUACUGGGCUUCAGUUGGAUGUGCAGUCAUGCAGUGCAGUAAUACCGAGGUAGGGGCAGGCACUAUGAAUCCUGCAACGUUUCUGAGGGUACUUGGUCCAGAGCCAUGGAAUGUUGCGUAUGUCGAGCCAAGUAUAAGACCUGAUGACAGCCGCUAUGGUGACAAUCCUAAUAGACUUCAACGGCACACUCAAUUCCAGGUUAUUUUGAAGCCAGAUCCAGGAAAUUCACAAGAUUUAUAUAUAAGUAGCUUGGUAGCACUUGGCAUUGAUAUCAAAGCCCAUGACAUUCGUUUUGUAGAGGACAAUUGGGAGAGCCCGGUUCUUGGAGCUUGGGGUCUGGGAUGGGAAGUUUGGAUGGAUGGGAUGGAAAUAACCCAAUUUACCUACUUCCAACAGGCUGGGAGUUUACAGUUGAUGCCUGUUUCAGUAGAGAUAACAUAUGGUCUUGAGCGCAUAUUAAUGUCCUUGCAGGGUGUUGAUCACUUUAAAAACAUUCAAUAUGCCCCAGGCAUUACAUAUGGUGAACUUUUUCUAGAAAAUGAGAAGGAAAUGAGUGCAUAUAAUUUAGAGUUUGCAAAUGUAGAACAAGUUCAACAACAUUUUGAACUUUUUGACAGUGAAGCACGUUCAUUACUAUCAAAGGGGCUUGCAAUUCCAGCAUAUGACCAUGUUUUGAAGACCUCACAUGCAUUCAACAUUUUAGAUGCGAGGGGAUCUAUUGGAGUCACUGAAAGAGCUCGCUUUUUCAGUCGCAUGCGUAGUUUAGCACGCCAAUGUGCACAACUAUGGGUUAAAACACGAGAGUUGCUGGGCUAUCCGUUAGGCAUUUGGGAGGAAAAGGAAGUGCUUUGCUAUCCACAAGAAGCAAUUGACAAAUUAGUUGAAAAGAUAAAGGGUAAACAAACCUUUGUUCUUGAAGUAGGAACAGAGGAGCUACCAUCACAGGAUGUAACUGAAGCAAUUGAACAGCUACAAAGGGCAAUCACAAUUUUGUUGGAGAAACGAAGGCUACAUCAUGGAGAUGUUUCAGUGUCAGGAACACCUCGUCGUUUAGUGGUCCAUGUUCAGAGUCUUGCACCUAAGCAAGAUGAAAUUGAGAUUGAGGUGCGUGGACCUCCAGUAGGGAAGGCAUAUGAUCUUGAGGGAAAGCCCACAAAGGCAAUUGAAGGAUUUUGUCGGAAAAAUGGAGCUUCAAUUAGUGAUCUUUUUAGAAAAUCAGAAGGAAAGACAGAGUAUGUUUAUGCUCGUCUAAAGGAACCGACAAGACAUGCCAUACAGGUUCUAGCUGAAGAUAUUCCUGCUAUUUUAUCAGGACUGUCAUUCCCGAAGUCAAUGCAGUGGAAUACUAAGACUUAUUUUAGCAGACCGAUAAGAUGGAUUCUAGCUUUGCAUGGUGAUGUAGUGGUUCCAUUUACGUAUGCAGGCAUCUUGAGUGGACGAUUAUCACAUGGUCUUCGAAUGUCUUCAUCACCUAUUAUUGAGGUACCUUGUGCAGAAGACUAUAUGAGCUCGAUCAUGGAUGCUGGGAUUGUGUUGAAUGUGGAGGAGCGCAGGAAAAACAUCUCACAGUCAUGCAGUGCUUUGGCACAGAUUAUUGGCGGGAAAGUUAUAUUGGAAACUGCUUUGCUUGGAGAGGUUGCAAAUUUAGUUGAGAACCCACUACCAAUACUUGGGGCUUUCGAUGAACACUUCUUAGAACUACCUUCCGAUGUGUUGAUAACAGUUAUGCGCAAACAUCAAAGGUAUUUUCCAAUUGUGGAUGCAUCUAAUGGGAAGCUUUUACCAGCAUUCAUUGCUGUAGCAAAUGGGCAAGUUGAUGAAGCAACAGUGCAGAAAGGAAAUGAAGCUGUCCUAAGAGCACGAUAUGAAGAUGCUAAGUUCUUUUAUCGGUUGGAUACAACAAAACAUUUAAUGGAUUUUCGUGAGCAACUGAAGGGUAUACUUUUUCAGGAGAAACUGGGAUCAAUGUUAGAUAAGUCCAAACGUAUUGAGAAAAUGAUAUCAAGACUCGGCGCUGCCAUGGGUUUGGAGGAAAAUAAAUUUUCAGUGGCACAGAGUGCUGCAGAACUAACCAUGUCAGAUCUGGCUACUACCAUGGUUAUGGAGUUCACAUCUCUUGCUGGUAUAAUGGGUCGUCAUUAUGCUCUUAGGGAGGGUUAUUCUCAAGAGGUUGCUGAUGCUAUCUUUGAGAGAGUGCUUCCUCGAUUUGCAGGGGAUGAGCUUCCUGAAACAGAUGUAGGCAUUCUACUAGCUGUUGCUGACAGGUUGGACAGUUUGGUUGGUCUGUUUGCAGUUGGUUGUCAGCCAUCUGCAACAAGUGAUCCUUUUGGUCUACGCAGAAUAUCAUAUGGACUUGUCCAAAUAUUGGUAGAAAAUCAAAAAAAUGUGGAUUUGACAUUGGCAAUACAAAUAGCAGCUGAUUCCCAACCAUUACAUGUCUCACCUUCUGUUAUAGCUGAUGUGCAUCUCUUUCUGACACGAAGGCUAGAACAACUUCUGCAGGUUGAUCAGAGUAUUAGUGUUGAAAUUGUCCGUUCUAUUCUUUCAGAACGUGCAAAUAUGCCAUGCUUAGCUGCCAUUUCAGCUUUGCAAAUGGAAAAUUUGUUCAAAGAUGAUAUUUUCAAGCUAGUUGUUGAAGCAUAUUCACGACCAACAAAAAUCAUCCAGGGAAAAAAUGUUCACUCUGCAUUUCAGGUUGACGAAGCUCUUUUUGAAACGGAGGAGGAGAAAGCAUUGUGGAGUGCAUUUCAAAAUGCUCAAUCCAGAAUAAGUCCAAGUGUUGAAAUCGAUGUUUUUAUAGAAGCGUCUGUACAACUUGUUCAACCACUGGAACAUUUUUUCAGUAAUGUUUUUGUUAUGACGGAAGAUGAAAAGUUGCGGAAUAAUAGGCUUGCUCUAUUGGGGAGAAUUGCAAAUCUUCCACGUGGAAUUGCAGACCUGUCAGUUUUGCCUGGAUUUUAGGAACAAGAAUUGUCUAUAUGUAGAUAUAAAUAUAUUUUUUAUUCAUUUGAAGCAAAGCAAUACCAUAUACUUUUGUAAGUCGAUAAAGGAUACAUUUCCUGGAAUAAAUUGUCUCAAUCUUUAAACGAAUUCAUUUUGUCUCAUGCACAUAUAAACCAAAGAAAUGUUUCAAACUGCUGUAGGAAGUUUUUGAAUGAGGAAGAUUGCAUCGGUAUUUUUUCAAUUAUCACCAAUAAAAACAAUUAUUUCGUAACUGAAACAUAUCAUGUUUCAAAUGAUAUAUUCCCUGGAAUACAGUGUCUCAAUCUUCAAGUGAGUUCGUUUUGUCUCAUGCAGAUAUAACAAAGAAACAGUUCAUGCUACAGUAACUUGAGUUGAAGUUUUGAAUAAGGAAGACUGCAUUGGUAUU